UUAAGUGAGCCCAGUCCAAUGAUAGGUUUUAUUUAGGCCCUAAAUUAGCCGACUCCGCCUCCUUUAAAAUUCACGGCGGAACAUCUCGUCGACCGUAAAAACCCGCCUUAAAAUCAACGGCCAUGUUUUUACCACCACGUGCAACCGUAAUAUUUUUCAUCCUUCUCGCUGUGACCAUCCCGGAAGCCGUUGAUUCCCUUUCUUAUUCUCAAUACAAAACCUUAGUCUCCCUCUCCCAAUCUCUGCUAACGCGCGUGUCCAAUUUACGAUCCGCACGCGGGGACGCGGAUGGCUCGAACCGCGCGAGGCUCAUCGCCGAGAAGCUGGAGCGAUGGCAAGGGGUAGGAUUUUGGGGCGCGGCGUGGUCGGUAGGAUGGGACUACGUUUGGAACUACGCCUGGGGUAGCGAUUUGGAUUACGCGGAAAUCUUCGGCGUCGCAUCGGAUUUGAACCAGUUAGGUAGGGUGUUAGGCGAGUUGACUCGGUCUAACUCGGAUAUGGAGAGGGCUAGCUGGGUUGCUGGAAAUUACAGAAACGCCCUCGCGAUUUCGAAUCGGAUUUUUAACCGCCUUCUCAAAGUCUUUAAAAAAUCGGGGGCAUUAAGGGAAAUAACUGAAACGAUGCAAAGAGAAGUAUUGGAAGGUGGUCUACUUAGGGACUGCAUGGAAUUAGGGAGCAACGACUUGAAAGGAUUGAUUCAAAUUUUCAAAGAUUUAGCUUCACAGUAUUCUACUUCUAAUCACUCCCAAGAGCUGUGAUAUAAUCAAACAAGUUGGACAUUGAUUGUAUCUUACUGUAAUUUUUAUUUUCUUUCCAACAAUUUAGAUUAUCUCUUCGUAUGAAAUUAAUUCAAAUUGGGUUUCUUAA